CCCCUAAUUCCAUUCCCAUUCAGAAAAACUCUCUUCUACUCCGUGCUCUGCUGUGAUGGACACCAAAUCGCCGGCUAAGUUUACCCUAGGCAGGCAGUCAUCUCUGGCACCGGACGAGGACACCUCCGCUAUCGGAUUAACUGAGCGGAAUGACUCAGGUGAAAUAGACCCGAGCUUCAGGCUAAUGUACAUGGCUAACGAGGGGGACUUAGAAGGGAUUAAAGAGCUUGUACAGUUGGGAGCUGACGUCAAUUUCAAGGAUAUUGAUGGCCGCACUCCUUUGCACGUCGCCGCCUGCCAAGGCCGCACCGAUGUCGUCCAGUUGCUGCUUGAUUGCGGCGCCGAGGUCGACCCCAGGGACCGCUGGGGCAGCACCCCUCUGGCAGAUGCUGUGUAUUACAAGAACCAUGACGUGAUCAAGCUUUUGGAGAAGCAUGGCGCAACGCCUCCGAUAGCUCCAAUGCACGUUCAGAAUUCUCGUGAAGUUCCGGAGUAUGAAAUUGACCCAAGUGAGCUUGACUUUUCCAACAGUGUUCACAUAACCAAGGGAACAUUUCGGAUUGCAUCUUGGCGUGGUACUAAAGUUGCUGUUAAAACACUUGGAGAGGAGGUUUUCACUGAUGAGGAGAAAGUAAAGGCAUUUAGGGAUGAGCUUGCAUUGCUUCAGAAGCUACGCCAUCCAAAUGUUGUCCAGUUUCUGGGUGCUGUAACUCAAAGCAGUCCAAUGAUGAUUGUUACAGAAUAUUUGCCUAAGGGCGAUCUUCGAGCAUAUUUGAAGCAAAGAGGUGCCUUAAAGCGAACACUUGCUGUAAAGUUUGCUCUUGACAUUGCUAGGGGAAUGAAUUAUUUGCAUGAGCAUAAACCUGAAGCAAUAAUUCACCGUGAUCUUGAGCCUUCAAAUAUAUUGCGGGAUGAUUCCGGACAUCUGAAAGUUGCAGACUUUGGACUUAGUAAGCUUCUUAUAGUUGCAAAUACAGUUAAAGAAGACAAACCUGUCACAUGUAACGAGAUAUCUUGGCGAUAUGUGGCACCAGAGGUCUAUAGAAAUGAAGAAUAUGAGACUAAAGUGGAUGUGUUUUCAUUUGCUUUGAUCUUACAAGAGAUGAUUGAAGGUUGUCUACCAUUUCCUACAAAGCAAGAAAAUGAAGUUCCUAAGUUAUAUGUUGCAAAUGAGCGCCCACCAUUUAGAGCUCCUGCAAAGCAUUAUGCCCACAGUCUAAAAGAGUUAAUUGAGCAAUGCUGGAGUGAGGAGCCAUCCAAGAGACCCCCCUUCAGAGAAAUAAUUUUGAGACUUGAUCAAAUAAGUAAUCAACUUGCUCAGAGAAGGCUUUGGAAGGUUGGACCACUCAGAUGCUUACAGAACUUUGAACACAUGUUGAAGAGAGAUCGGUCAAAUCCAAGCAGCCGUUCUUCCCGCUCUACACUUAGAUGAUGAUCUCUUUUGCCUGAGUAUUAUCCUUUUUCCCAUUCCUUUUCCCAUUCAAGUUAGAAGUGAUUAAAAUUUACUGCACAAACUACAAUUGUAUACGCAUUGUUUUUGUUUUCUCAUCUUGUCUUCAUUCUCAUGGUGGAAUUCACCUCAUUUUUUGGACUGUAAGAUACAGAGCUGUGUCUGGUAAUAAGGCAGUAAUAACCGUAACUUUGAUAGAAAAAUAAUAGUAGGGGUCCAUUCUUUUUAGGCCCAAUAAAUAAAUAAUAUUAGUUGAU